AGAACAAAAACUCAACAAACCAUUCAUUGGCUAUAUCUUAUUACCUCAUGGAUAUUUUUGUUAAUCAUGUAUAAAUGGCGACUUUUGUGAUGGGUUACUUCUUAUUGUUCGCUGUUGCGUUCGUGUGUUUGGAUGCGAGGACGGACAAAACGCAAGAUUAUACGUCGUUUCAGUACCAUAAAGGAGCCCUCCUUACCGGAGACGUCUCCAUCAACCUGAUAUGGUACGGUAAGUUUAAACCGUCGCAGCGUGCAAUCGUAACCGACUUCGUUGCUUCCCUCUCGUCUUCCCGCAGAUCGACAGUUGCUCCCUCAGUCGCCACGUGGUGGAAAACGGUGGAGAAGUAUUACCAUGUCAGCAAGACGACGACGAUGACACGUGGACUCACGCUCUCACUCGGAGAACAGAUUCUCGACGAAGGAUACUCAAUGGGAAAAUCUUUAACAGAGGGAAACCUCAAAGCCUUGGCCGCAAAAGGCGGUCAAAGCUAUGCGGUUAACGUGGUGUUGACCUCAGCUGACGUGUCUGUCCAAGGCUUUUGCAUGAACAGAUGCGGGUCACACGGGUCAGGUUCCGGGUCAGGCAAGAAAGGAUCAAAAUUCGCUUACAUCUGGGUCGGAAACUCAGAGAAACAAUGUCCAGGACAAUGCGCGUGGCCAUUCCACGCGCCGGUUUACGGACCGCAAAGCCCACCACUUGUGGCACCAAACAACGACGUUGGUUUAGAUGGGAUGGUGAUUAACUUGGCAAGUCUAAUGGCUGCGACCGCAACGAACCCAUUCGGAGAUGGGUAUUACCAAGGGCCUAAAACGGCACCGCUUGAAGCUGGAUCGGCUUGCACUGGAGUCUAUGGGAAAGGUUCGUAUCCAGGUUAUGCUGGAGAGUUACUUGUGGAUGCAACGACCGGUGGGAGUUAUAACGCUAAGGGAUUGAAUGGGAGGAAAUAUUUGCUACCGGCUUUGUUUGACCCCAAAACAUCUACUUGCUCGACUAUGUUUUGAAUAACAUAAUUACAUUAGAUACGAGGUUUUUUUUUUUGUUUAUACUUGAUAUAUUCUUUUGGUCGUCUUUUUAAUUAUUCUUUUGUAACACGAAUUAGUAAUGAAAUCAUUUGCUAUUA